GCUAAGUAACUGUCAGAAAUUUCUUGUCAAAUAUAAAAAUAAAUAAAUGGGCCCAAAAGGAAAAACGGAUGCUGGGAAGAAACAAGCUGAAUCUGGCGUGCUUCCUUUUGGACAGACUCCAUAUGGAACAGAGGAAGCGAUUACUUCCGUUACCCUUCUUUCAAGUACAGAAGAAGUCAUUGUUUUAAAGGCUAUAUAUAACCUUUGCAAGUAUGCUCAACAAAGGAUGUCGAACGUAAAUUUCCUUUUCCAACUGGGUUUGAUGGAGAAAUUGCAAGACUUAAUACGUAAAACUACUAACCAAUCAAUUUUAAACUUUUGUUUAAAAUUGUUAGGAAUGUUUAUGAAUAUCCCGUCAGCAGUUAAAGCUUUAACUGAUUGCAAGAAUUAUACCGAUCUUCUGAAAAUCAAUUCUAUUUUCCAAACGGCUACCGAUCCUAAAGUACAAGAGUUCUCCUCACAGAUAUUGAGCAAAGUGGUCACAAAUACAAUCAUAGCAUCGAUGCUUUUUAAUACUGACGUGAUAAGCUCAAUUUAUAAAGUACUGCAAAAUUGCGUAGAUCCCGAUAUAAUAAAGAAUACACUAGAAUAUCAUCGUCGACUUAUCGACUGUCAGGAAGCAGUAAUUGUAUUACCUAAGAUGACUGAUUUCUCCCCGAAUAUAUUGUUUUGUUACUUAAAAAGUGAAUUUCCCGAAAUUCAACAUCUGGCUAUUGACAUUUUAGUUUCAACGACAAGUUGGAAGAACCGAAAGUUGCAACUUCGUUACAAAGACAGUGGCAUUGUGCAAUGCAUGCUGUGUUUAAUAUUGAACAAUGAAUAUCCGGAUCUGCACCAGAAAGCUUUUGAUGUUAUACGUAAUUGCUUUGACUUUCCCGAAACUGCCACUUACUUUAUUGGUACUGUUGAGUUUUUAGAAUUCGCGUUGUGGGCAAAAAAGUGUCCUAAAAAAUAUAUGUUCUGUGCAGCUACAAUUUUUAAAGUUCUUACUGAUUACGAAUCAGCUAGACAGUUACUUUUCGACUUCGCUGUGGAAGAAAGUAUUUUAUCCAUGUUCAGAACAAAUAAUGAGAAAGUCCUCCAGAAAACUUGUGAAGCUGUAUCGAAUUUAACAAAUCACAAAUAUUGCUGUGAUAAGAUGCUUACACCCGUUGUUAUAAAAUGUUUAAUUGAAAUUUUGCAAAGAAAAGAUAUACCAACAAUCCCAUACAUUGAAACCGCUCUUAAGACAGUCCACGAUUUUUUAAAAAGAAAUCGGAAAAUGUUGCAUGUAUUUCCAUUAUAUGGUGGAUUGGUUUCUGUAGCGGACAUAUUAAAAAGUCAAAAUGAAAUGACGCAAAAUGGAUUUACCAUUUUAUUGGACAUCAUUUACAUUUAUUGCACAGAAGAACAGUACAGAACCUCUCUUAUGGAUAAGGAAUUGUAUAUGAAAAUUUUACAACUAUUUUCGGAAGAAAACGAAGAUUUUUCGAAGAAAGCAAUUGCUAUUUUGGACCAAAGUAUUAAUGACCAAGAAAGCAGGGUUUACUUUUCAGAAUGUUCAGGAACUGAACGAAUCUUGUCUAAAUUAAAGGAAUCAGUUGAAGACGAGGAACUUUUGAAAUAUAUACUAAUAUUUAUAUCUAGAAGUUUUAUAUAUAAAAGUAUUGGAUUGCAAUACUUAACGAAUGAAGCUCUAACAGUACUUAAAAAUUUGGAAAUCAAAGACAGAGAAAUAAAUCUCAUGAAGGAACGAUUAAUGGACAUGAUUUAUGAUUUGUACUUGCCAAUAAAAUUCUUCGAUAAAAACCGGCUUGAUGUAACUGAUUGCAUUCGUGACAGAUUUUACAUGGUAUGUGGCUGUUGGAGAGGAUCUUUUCCAUUCUUAGAAAUAUUGGAAUCACAACAAAUUUCAACGUGCAAAACUAUUUACGUAGCUGAUUUUACGACACCAAGCGAUCUUCUUAAGGUUCCUUGCCUUUUUCGAAGGGAAUGCUCAAGUAGAAGCACUUUACAAACUGGUAGCCGCAAAGAAAGUACUCAAAAAGACAAAAGGCUUUCCAAUGUUAGCGGGUAUUCAGCUAGUGCCACCAGUCUCUGUAAUAUCAUUUUUGAAAGAGUAUCUCCUGAAAUCAACUACGGAGGUCUGUCACCGGAUCCAUAUUUGACGGAAUAUUUGGAAGAAUUAUACAUAAAACUUCAUGGUGAAAAAGCUCUACCACUUUCGGUUGCCGACCAAAUAAAGAUUAUUGCCGAGUUUAUAGCAAAACGAAUGUCAGGUUCAGAGAAAUUCACUAAUGCGGAAAAGCAACAUUCUUAUAAGAUUCAUAUUAACGCUUUGAAGGGAAAACUUGGGACGAAUAUGAUACCAAUAGGCUAUCUUCGACAGGGUUCUUACUGCGAAAGAGCACUUCUAUUCAAAGCAUUAGCUGAUAAGCUUGCAAUACCAUCCACAUUAGUAAAGGGUAUGGAAGAGAGACAUUGGAAUGAAGUCCCUCUAGAGCUAGGGGAAGAUAGCGGAUUAAAUAAGAAGUUUCUUUAUUUUGUUGUUGAUUUAUUGUUUAACGUUGGCAGUUUGCUAGAGGUGGGAAAACCCGAAGCGAUUGAAUAUUGUGGAUUAACGACUGGUACACCAUGUGACUGA